AUGAGCUCAGAGGAGGAGUCAGUGGAUCAGACACCGCCCACCUGCGGUCUGCUGGGCCUUCUGCUGAAGAACAGGCGUCCCACCGGAGCUGUCAACGAGGUCUGGCCCGACCUCUUCAUUGGGAACGCGGCGACAGCUCGAAAUAAGACGCUGCUACAAAAUCUGGGAAUAACACACGUGGUGAAUGCUGCAGAUGGCCCUCAGCACAUUGACACCGGGCCACGUUUCUACACAGACACCUUCAUACAGUAUCAUGGAGUAGAGGCAGCAGACUGCAGAGAUUUUGACUUGAGCCCGUUCUUCUCAGAGACUGCUGAUUUCAUUCACGGAGCUCUGAGUCAGAAAGGUAAGGUACUCGUCCACUGCGCUCGGGGAAUCAGCCGCUCAGGAACUCUUGUGUUAGCCUUCCUCAUGAUCAAAGAAGGUCUUACCCUGGAGGAAGCCGUGGAGCUCGUUUGCAGGAGCAGAAACAUCCUGCCGAACACUGGGUUUCUGAAUCAGCUCUGUCAGCUGGACUCAGCUUUGCACAGAAGAAAAAUGUAACAUUCGGAUUUGGAGAGAGCGCGUGGAUGAUGUACUGCUAAAAGGAGUUUCAUCUUUAUGAAUACUUUAUAUAUAUAUAUAUAUAUGUAAACAAAAAAACA